CCCCCGGCGCCCGGUCCACCUUAAGGGGCGCGCUGACAUCAGCGCGCCGCCGCCGCCGCCGCCGCCCGUGGGGUGGGAUUUCCUCCGCCGCCGCCGCCGCCGCCGCGGGUCCUGCGCCGCGUCCAGCCCGCCCGCCCGACCCCGGCCCGACCCCGGCCGGCCCCGCCCGCCCGGCCCCGGGGAGGGAUGCGGCGGCGCGGCGCCCAGGAUGCCCCGCAGCCCCGGGACGCGCCUCAAACCCGCCAAGUACAUCCCGGUGGCCACGGCCGCCGCGCUGCUGGUCGGCUCCAGCACCCUCUUCUUCGUGUUCACGUGCCCAUGGUUGACACGAGCUGUGUCCCCAGCUGUUCCCGUCUACAAUGGCAUCAUCUUCCUCUUUGUCCUCGCCAACUUCAGCAUGGCCACCUUCAUGGACCCUGGUGUUUUCCCCCGAGCGGAUGAGGAUGAGGACAAGGAGGACGACUUCCGGGCCCCACUGUACAAGAACGUGGAUGUGCGAGGUAUCCAGGUCCGCAUGAAGUGGUGCGCCACGUGCCACUUCUACCGCCCGCCGCGCUGCUCCCACUGCAGCGUCUGUGACAACUGUGUAGAGGACUUUGACCACCACUGCCCCUGGGUCAACAAUUGCAUCGGGCGUCGAAACUAUCGCUACUUCUUCCUGUUCCUGCUGUCACUCAGCGCACACAUGGUGGGCGUCGUGGCCUUCGGCCUGGUCUACGUGCUGAACCACGCUGAGGGGCUGGGAGCCGCACACACCACCAUCACGUAUCCUUGGUUCCUGUGGGCCUCGUUGCAGAGGCGAUGUGGACCGGGGACACGUUCACUGGGGAGAUGGAGCCUCAGAAGGCUUGGUUGCUGCCCAGGGAUCCCCAGCGGGCAGGUGACUGGGAAGUUCCGCGGGGGUGUGAACCCUUUCACCCGAGGCUGCUGUGGGAAUGUGGAGCACGUGCUGUGCAGCCCCCUGGCGCCCCGGUACGUGGUGGAGCCACCCCGGCUGCCGCUCGCGGUGAGUUUGAAGCCGCCUUUCCUUAGACCUGAACUCCUGGACCGAGCUGCACCGCUCAAGGUCAAGCUUAGUGACAACGGGCUGAAGGCUGGCCUGGGCCGUAGCAAGUCCAAGGGCAGCCUGGACCGGCUGGAUGAGAAGCCGCUGGACUUGGGGCCGCCACUGCCCCCCAAGAUAGAGGCUGGCACGUUCAGCAGUGACCUGCAGACCCCGCGCCCAGGCAGUGCUGAGAGUGCCCUGUCGGUGCAGAGGACCAGCCCUCCGACGCCUGCCAUGUACAAGUUUAGGCCGGCCUUCCCCACGGGUCCCAAGGCGCCCUUCUGUGGACCAGGCGAGCAGGUUCCAGGCCCUGAUUCCCUGACCCUGGGGGAUGACAGCAUCCGUAGCCUGGACUUUGUGUCCGAGCCAAGCCUGGACCUCCCUGACUACGGACCCGGGGGCCUGCACGCAGCCUACCCGCCAUCCCCCCCGCUCAGCGCCUCUGAUGCCUUCUCGGGCGCUUUGCGUUCCCUGAGCCUCAAGGCCUCGAGCCGGCGGGGCGGGGACCACGUGGCCCUGCAGCCCCUCCGCUCCGAGGGUGGGCCUCCCACGCCCCACCGUAGCAUCUUUGCCCCCCAUGCACUGCCCAACCGCAACGGCAGCCUGUCCUACGACAGCCUGCUCAACCCUGGCUCACCUGGUGGCCACGCCUGCCCCGCCCAUCCAGCAGUUGGCGUGGCUGGAUACCACUCACCCUACCUGCACCCUGGGGCGACGGGCGACCCGCCACGGCCCCUGCCCCGCAGCUUCAGCCCCGUGCUGGGCCCCAGGCCCCGGGAGCCCUCGCCUGUGCGCUACGACAACCUGUCCAGGACCAUCAUGGCAUCCAUCCAGGAGCGCAAGGACAGGGAGGAGCGUGAGCGCCUGCUGCGCUCCCAGGCCGACUCUCUCUUCGGCGACUCAGGCGUCUAUGACGCGCCCAGCUCCUACAGUCUGCAGCAGGCCAGUGUGCUGUCCGAGGGCCCCCGAGGUUCCACGCUGCGCUAUGGCUCCAGAGACGACCUUGUGGCCGGGCCCGGCUUUGGCGGCGCCCGCAACCCUGCCCUGCAGACAUCACUGUCCUCGCUGUCCAGCUCCGUGAGCCGUGCACCGCGGACGUCGUCCUCUUCCCUGCAGGCUGAUCAGGCCAGCAGCAACGCCCCGGGGCCCCGGCCCAGCAGUGGCUCACACAGGUCGCCUGCACGCCAGGGCCUGCCCUCCCCGCCCGGCACUCCCCACUCACCGUCCUACGCAGGCCCCAAAGCUGUCGCCUUCAUCCACACGGACCUCCCAGAGCCACCGCCCUCGCUGGCCGUGCAGAGGGGGCGGAUUGGCACCUGCACCCGUGGAUGGGGGCGGCGUGGCCAGCCUUGGGUGCCUCCUGGGCUGCACCUGUGCCACCUUGGCCGCCCGGAGGACCGCCCACCACUGCGGGCCCCCUGGAGCCCGGCCGCCGGGGCAGCCCCACGCGGGGCUAUGUGCCGCCUGCACUUGGCUGCCUCCAGUCUUUUCCCCAGCCUCUCCGGGCCCUAGCAGGAUGACAAGUAGGCAGCUCUGGGGCCCGGGACAGCCCAGCUGGGGACCCAGGAGGUCAGACUACCAUGGACCCUCGGGCAGGGCUGGGGGUGGGCUGGGCUCUCUGCUCCACCAGCCACAGCUUGACAGACUCCCAGCCUGCCAGGGCCCGAGACCCUGUGUCCACAUGACCUCAGGAAGUCCCUCACCUGCUGCAGGGGGUCCAGCACCCCACAGGGGGCAGCCCCAGAGCUGUGGGGACCAGCACGACCUUUGCCCAGCCUCCCUGUCCAACCAAGCACUUUAGACUAAGCCACUUCCUCCUCGGGGAGCCCAGGCCUCCGUGGGUUGGGCUGGGUUGGGGGGGUCUCAGGUUGCCCCCGAAGGUCUCUGCACUCCUCCUGCCCUUCCCCUGACACAUGAACAGAUGCCUUAACUUCGUGGAGCUGCCAGCCUGGUGAGCCACUGGCCCCUGCCUGCCACCAAGGUCCUGUAGUCAUGGCCAGCUCUGCCUGGGCCCCACUGGGGCUGCCUGCACCCAGAGACGAUGCUGGUGGGAGCUCAGAGGGCCCGAGGCCCAUGUCCUGUGUCCUCCAGCAGUGGUAUGGACUACAGCAGGGUGGCACUCCGGCCAGCCCUUCUCCGGCACAGGGUCCCCGUCCCUGGGUGCACCCUGGGCUGCGGCUCUAUUUCUCCCAUUUGGGGACGAGAAAGCCGCAAAACUCUUCUCUGUUGUUCUUAAGGGCACCCCUGCUAAUUAAUUCCCCAAAUAAAAUUUUUGGUGUUGAUC